GGCAGGCACACGAUAUUCCCUUUAGCGUGCAAUCGCCGCUAUCAUGCGCCAUUUUACACUUGUUAACCUUGGCUAGCUAACCAUCUUCUCCGACAUCAUCGUCGUCAUCAAUCUGUGGAACUUCUCGUCUGUUGUCACCACAAGCUCUCUGUUACUGAAAAUGAAGCAAUUCUGGAGUCAGGGCAGUAUUAACAAGAACAAGGGGAUGGUGGAGAACCUGCGGAGGUAUGGUGUAAUUACUUCGGAAAAGGUUGCUGAAGUUAUGGAGGCCGUAGACAGAGGAAUCUUUGUACCGAAUGGAUCCCCAGCUUAUGCCGAUAGCCCCAUGUCUAUAGGGUAUAACGCCACCAUAUCUGCACCUCACAUGCACGCGAUGUGCCUUCAACUUUUGGAAAAGAAUCUGCAGCCCGGAAUGCAUGUUCUUGAUGUUGGCUCUGGGACCGGGUACUUGACUGCUUGCUUUGCUUUGAUGGUUGGACCCGAAGGCCGUGCUGUCGGUGUAGAACACAUUCCCGAGCUGGUGGCCUCUUCCAUCGCAAAUAUAGAAAAGAGUGCAGCUGCGCCAUUGUUGAAAGAAGGGUCUCUCUCUGUUCAUGUUGGCGAUGGAAGGGAAGGGUAUCCCGAGUUUGCGCCUUAUGAUGCUAUUCACGUAGGGGCAGCAGCACCCGAGAUCCCGAAGCCUCUGAUCGAUCAAUUGAAGCCAGGGGGGCGGCUGGUGAUCCCGGUGGGGAACAUAUUCCAGGAUCUGAAGGUGGUGGACAAGAAUUCGGAUGGUUCGGUGAGCAUCCACAGUGAGACAUCGGUCCGUUAUGUUCCUUUGACCAGCCGGGAAGCCCAGUUGAGAGGGAACUGAUUAGUAAUUGCAUCCACAACUUCCAAAGCCUCUGGUGUACUUAACUACUGUAAAAUCUAAGUAAGCUUAUUCUGUGUAUAAUAUUAUAAGCUUAAAACUUUUUCAAUGUUUUGUCAUGAUCUGGGCAUUCGUAUGUUACAUACUGAAUAUUUCAAAAAAGAAAAGUAGCAUUGUCUAAGCCGUUUCAA